AGAUACACAGACACAAAUAUAAACACACAUAAGCACAAACACACACACAGGAAAGGUCUGAAGGAAGUUUAGAUGAGCAUUUUGAUUACUUUCUUAAUGCAGAUUUAAAAUUAAAACUAAACAAACCCUAAAAACAGAAGAAUAAAUUACAAAUGGAAUUGAUGUUGUUUAUUUUGUGUUAAUACUCCGUGAAAUUUCAUCAAUUUUUGUAAGGCAUCAGUAGAGCUUUUUUCCCAUAAAUUUAGCUAAAAAACAGAACCAUUUAUAAAAAUGAAAUAUUUAGCAAAAGCCACAAAAGUCAAUGUGUCACAAGAUAUCAGCCUAACAUUAUGUGUUGUAAAUAUGACAUAUUAGGGUGAGAAAAGCACUUUUGUAAAUAAUAUGGAAGAUGACUGAAUUCUGUUUGGCUGCUCAGGUAUCAGAAUACAUUUUGAUAAUUAAAACAACACACUUUUUGUUCCAUGCCACAAACAUAAGAGCUUGCUGUUUUGUCACAAAAACAAUGCCAUUUACAGUACGUGAGUAUAGCAUGGCACAUAUCAACAAAAAAUAUUUAUUAUUAAAUUGAAGUUUUUUUUGUAAUUGAUACUUAAAAGCAAAACCCCUUAAUGAUUUCAAGUUCUGAAAAAUCAGGGUCUAUCUGUGCAGAGAAGACUAAAUGGAAAAGAUAAAAAUAACACACAUUAGAUAUUAUUUUGCAUACAAGUUUGUUUAAUAAGUCUUAACGAAUGAACUUCUAUACAUUUAAGGGGACAAAUCUAUUUACCUUUUUUUUUUUUUUUUUACUUUUUUAUCCUAUGCCUGUCAUUUUGAUAUCCAACACUAUCAUACAGUUAUGUUACUUGUAAAACAUUUAAGGAUGUAACCUAAAACGAGUCUAGCCUUAUCUAUCUAUCUAUCUAUCUAUCUAUAGUAUAUACACACACACACACACACACACACACACACACACACACACACACACACACACACACACACACACACGGUGAUACGGUUGCCGUGGUAACUGUUAAUUCACAUUGCCAUCUGCUGGCGGGUACGUAAACUGUAGCCAGCGACAAUGCAGUGCAACCAAACUAGUCACAUGAGUUAGGUUGGCUCACAAAAACUCUUUCUUGAUUGGCUCGAUGACUCGAUUCCCCCAAUCACGUUCUACACAGUAGGUGGGAAUACAUCUGAUCCAAAACAGGAAAAACAAACUCAACAAAUACUCUUUCGAAAACUUUUAAGAACUGAAAUCUCCCAGCAAAUACUCCAUGUAUUUCCAAUGAAUUAAGAGGCGGAAUGAUCAUUUUACGGGCUGCUUCUCCCGCUGUGGAUAAUGAGAUAGAUUCAGCGGUGUUUCAGUCGGGAUGGUUCACCUGCUUUGUUUACAUGGUGAAACAGCUGAGAAGCUAACGUUAGCCACCUAGCUUGGUCAAAUCAAGUCAUAUGAGCUGGUAAUUAUCCGGGAGCUUUGCCCCCAUGAAUGAAACUUUACGUCCGUGUAAGAGCCGACGUACAUGUACACUAGUGAAGUGGUUGAUCAUCGUCCUGCCUGUAAAAGUGUCCUCCUGAGAAGCUAACCCUGAAUGUGUUAAGAAGCGUUUCUCACAGUAAGAUCAUCCGGAUCAUCCUGCGGCCGGUCUCAAAGGCCUGCCGCGUCUUCAUGUCAACAUGCCUUGUUCCUGUGGGAACUGGAGGAGAUGGAUUCGGCCGCUGGUCGUAGUGCUGUACAUUCUGUUGCUGUUAGUUGUCCUGCCGUUGUGUAUCUGGGAGCUGCAGAAGUCAGAGGUCAGUCCCAGCUAUCAGUGUCUGUGAUUCAGAUGUUGCUGGAGUUUGAUGUUUGGCUCCUGUGUGUCUGACUGUCGUUAAGUUUGAUCUAGCAUCUCAAGGUUCUUUUACUUUACUGUGCUAACGAUAUUCAUGCUGUAUCAUGCACACUGAUACACCCAAACACUCCUAGGCUGCUACUUAACUUUGAUCUCCUUGUAAGUCAUCUUGAAAUAGUAAUGACAGUCAAAGACUAUUACACAAUUGAGUUUUCAAAGUGCUGUAGGGGAGAGUGGUGUAAGUUGAGCCACCCCCGUUGCUUGGAAAUGGUCAGAGAAAUUGAUCAUGUGACCAAAUAUUUAGGAGUCUGUGAAGGUUAGAAGCACAUGGGUGAAGGGGUUAGACAUUUAUUUCCAAAAAAUCAUUUUUCACUCUUGUAAGUGAAUUUAGUCUGUCAUAAGUUUUAUUAGAAUUGUGUUCAGACCAAAAAAGAUCAUUGUAAAUUUGUUUUAUACAUCAAUUGUGGUAUCUAUGAGCUACAACAUGAGAUCAAAAACCUAGAAUAAAAGUCCACCAUUUAAGCUUAGAGGACUAAUAAAGUCAUAAGCCAGAAAGUAAAGGAGUCUGAUGAGAGGAUCAGAGUUUCAGUUCAGAUUGUUGAAAUGUGUUACUUUUUCCUUUCAAGAAUACAGCUGUGAAUGUUCUGAAUCACUAAUCACUUUUGGCAUGCUAUAUUAUCAAGACAGUUAUGUUUACACUCAUUCUGUUAGUUUGCAGGGAUGCACAACAUUUUGAAAUAUAUGCAGAUACACUAGUUAGAGACAAAACCAUGAUUGCCUUGAUGUAGUGAUCUGAAAUAUGAAAAAUGGCUCAUCUUAACCCACUCUCCCUCACUCAUAUUUUCAUGAACACUGGGGGCACUAGACUUAUUUGAUUGGGGUGACCAAGCAUUUACUUAAUUUUUUUACAGAACAAAUCCAAAAGUCACUUUCUCUUUGUUUCUCUUCUCUAAAUUUUAACUUUAAAAAGCACAUCAACAUAGUGGCAACAUUCAAAUCUAUUGAAAUUUAACAAAAGAUCCAUAAAGAAAACUUUUUCACAGUCACCAUCUCAAGUAAAGAAUAAAACAAAGAAAACUGAGAAAAGUUGGGCAUGGCUACCCCUGUCUCUGCCACUGUUAUAAGGUCCAACUUUUCUGUAAUUUAGGCCGUGAAAUUCUAGGAUAUAAGAAAAUCUGUGUUGAAAUACUUUAUAGGGAAUAACCCCUUGAGAUGAACCAUCUCGUUUUUGAGGGGAUCCUCAAAUAUAGAUACGUAAAAAUACAUAUCCAUGGAAAACAAAACAAAGCCAACAAUAACAAAACAAAAUAAACAAAGCAAUAACAAAUAACUGACACAAAAGAGAAAGUAAAGAGUAAACAGAUAACAACCAAAAAGUAACACAAAAUCUGAUUGUGCAAUAAGGUUAUUUGAAAUUAUUUCAGUUAAAAAUCCUCUUUGGCAUGUUUUUGUUGUAAUGCAGUGCAGAUGAAUGUGAUCUGUGUGGACUGUUUCUUGUAAUAACAGGUUGGCACUCAUUAUAAAGCAUGGUUCAUCGCUGGGAUAUUUGUCUUCAUGACCAUUCCUAUAUCAUUAUGGGGUAUCCUCCAACACUUGGUCCACUACACCCAGCCUGAGCUCCAGAAACCUAUCAUCAGGUGAGAAUAUCAACAAUCAUGUCAUCCAUGAACAUUUGUCUGUCACUGGUUAGAUAUUUUUAGUGUUUAUGACCUGCUUUUCUCUCCUCACCUAGAAUAUUAUGGAUGGUCCCAAUCUACAGUUUGGACAGUGUGAGUAGAGUAUCAUUAAAGCUGAAAAUCUAAGUUAAAUGUAGUUAUCCUUACACUUCAUGCAACCUAACCUAUUCUUAAAAUCUUGCAGUGGAUUGCUUUAAAAUACCCUAGUAUUGCAAUCUAUGUGGACACAUGCCGAGAGUGCUAUGAGGCCUACGUCAUCUACAACUUCAUGACCUUCUUGCUGAACUACCUGGAGAAUCAGUAUCCGAGCCUGGUAUUGAUGCUGGAGGUACAGGAGCAACAGAAACACCUCCCACCUCUGUGCUGCUGCCCGCCUUGGCCUAUGGGAGAGUAAGUCUCCUUCAGAAUUACUCCUCUUAAAGCACAAUGAAUUAUGUACAUAAAACUCAAGGGGGAUCCUUUCAGGCCAAAAUUAAUGCUUUGGUUCCAAAAAACUUUUAUUUUGUUAUGGGUCAAUGUACAAAUGCUCAGUCUGCAGUCAACACUAGACAAGAGCCUCAUGUAAAAAUUAAUGAUUGUCCUUCAUGCAGAACUUUGACCUGGAUAUGACACUUAAAAUGACCAUAGUCAUGUUACCUUACAAGCUUCUUUUAUUGCCCAAAACUGGAUAUUCGCCUAACAUCUAUAUCAUUGUACAUAUUUCAGAUUUAUAUUGAUUGUACUGUAUAAGCAGAAGUUUGCAACAAUCAAUCCUUCAGGUUUCACUUAGAUGAUGAUAGUUUAAAGAAAAGGAACAGGGAAAAUGACCCAAGAUAGGGAUGUCCUGAUCAGCCCGUCUGGCCCCAGAUCCUGACCCAAGUUUUUAAUAUUGUCUCCUGAUACCAUGUCCUCAUGUGAUACUUGUAUUGCCAACAGUUUUUAAAAAAAGAUAACUAGAGUAAACAGCAUAACUAAAUAAUGUCUCAGGCUUGUUCUUUUUUUACUUAGUUCAGCUUGAAUUACCCUAAAACUGACAGAUAAUCUAUUUUACACACUCUACUGUGUAAGACCCAUAAACUGGUGUGCUAACUCACCUUUCUUACAUUACAUUGCCCUUUGUUCAUCACUGUCUUUUUCAUAAACUGGUUUAUAAUAUCAACUGACCUGAAUCACUUUAAAAUGGACAGUGGAGGAAUGACUACAUUCUGCAGUGAGGCUCAGUAAUGACCUUAGACAAAGGUCAGAGCUUUGGAUGUUUGUUAUAAACUGUUAUUUUCUUUAAAUUUGAUCAAGGAACAAGCUUGUUUGAGUUUGUCUCCUUUUUGAUACACAGCUUUAAAGAAUGUUUCGCUCCCAGCAUAGAAAACAAACGGAUCAAUAACAGUCACAAGCUUCUAAUCAGCCUCAGUGCAGCAACAACUGUAAUUGGUUAACUUGCCCAUGUGCUGCUGAUUUGGUUAACAGCUGCUAUUUUUACACAAGAAUCAGUUUGUUUUUUUCUGAGAACUGAGUUGGAAAAAGAAUCAUUUAAGACUUACAUUUAGGUCAGAGGCAUCUUUCUUAUUAACUUAUAUUCAUAAAAGUGCCCAUUAUAAACCAUUCAGCCUCAGACAGUGUGAUUUCACUUUGCAGGUACUUGGUGUAAGUCACGAUAGAGCAAUUGUUAGAGAAAACAGGCCGUGAAAUUUCAGAAAUGCUGUCAGUGCACGGUUCAAGGAACCACACCUUGAACGCAAAGCAACCAUGUUCACUUAUCAUAUCGAUCAUAUUUUUCUCUGCAGGGUUUUACUGUUGAGAUGUAAACUGGGAGUGUUGCAGUACACUGUCGUCCGACCGGUCACAACAGUGAUUGCCUUGUAAGUAAACUCUGCUCCUGAUGUGCUCAGUCUUCUUCUUUUAUCCUCUCUGCUCUGUUUCACUUUGUGAUUGUUUACAUUUCUUUUUCCUUCUAGGAUCUGUCAGCUGUGUGACGUGUACGAUGAAGGAAAUUUUAGUUCAACAAAUGCGUGGACGUACCUGGUCAUUUUCAACAACAUGUCUCAGCUGGUAAAAUUGUGUUGUUUAGUUAAAAUGCAGCUCACUUCAAUGAAGAACUUCAUUGUACAGUUGGGCCCUGGAUGCAUGUAAGGAUUUCUCUUCCUGUCUUCUCUGGAUGUAGUUCGCCAUGUACUGCCUGGUGUUAUUCUACAGAGCUCUCAGGGAGGAACUGAGUCCAAUCAGACCAGUGGGCAAAUUUCUCUGUGUCAAAAUGGUGGUCUUCGUCUCUUUCUGGUAACUCUUUACUCAAAGAAACCCACUUGUAUGAGCUGAUUUUACCUCACUUGUAUAGACAGCAAACAUUAGGGAGGUAUGCCAUGGAUUUAUGUAGACAUUGCAUCAUAAUAUGUCCAAGCUAUGGAUAAUUUUUAUGUCUGUGAACUCUUUCAGGCAAGCUGUGUUGAUUGCAUUGCUGGUGAAAGUCGGUAUCAUCUCAGAGAAGCACACGUGGGACUGGAAAAGUGUGGAGGCUGUUGCUACUGGAUUACAGGUAAGCAAAAUCUAGGAACUGUUCAUGUUUGACGAUAAGACAGAGUAUUGGAACACGGUGCAGAAGAAUAAAGUAAAUUUACAGGUAUCAAGUCGAAAAUGUAUGAGAAUGGAGUUGUAAAUUUACUUGACUUAAGUUAAAAAUCAGUAAGGAAAGAUCAUAAUUUGAAGCUAUGAUUAGUCCAUGUGUUUUUGAAGUGGAAGAUCAGCUACCUGUGCGGAAAUGAGGAUCAUGGAGCAUCUUGUUUCAUGAAUAAUUUAGUAUUCAAUCUAUCAGCACAUCAGCACCACAUUGUCAUAAAUAUCAGGAGUCUAGAGAGGGUCUAUCUAGACUGUGCAGGCUUUAGCAACUGCUGUUUGUCUCAUCCCUGUGUAGCACAUAUAUAUGUAGCCUAACUUAUAGUUUAACUGUAGCCUAGUAUAACAAUUUCUCUCCUAUUAAAAUUACUUAAAUUUUGCAGAUUUUAAACUUCAUUCUCAUAAAUAUGCAACUUUUUUUUCUCUUAAUCUACAACUAAAAUGUGUGACUUCUUCUUCAUAAGGACUUAAUCUCUUAAUAAUAUGAUGCUAUAUCUCAACUCUUUUUACCCUAAUAUGGGCCGGAUCCUCUGUCUUUAAAUAACUGCAUGUGCUAAAUGUAGUUAUUGUACCAAUUAAGGUAAAAUUCAUAACCAAAUGGAUAUGCAUUUGAUAAUUUUUGUUGUUGUUGAUGCAUUGGGACUUUGAAAAAACAUUCAAUCACACCCCAAACUUUUCUGUUUUCAGGAUUUCGUCAUCUGCAUCGAAAUGUUUCUGGCAGCCAUUGCUCAUCACUUCAGCUUCACCUAUAAGCCUUAUAUCCAGGAGGCAGAGGAGGGUUCUUGCUUUGACUCUUUCAUGGCCAUGUGGGACAUCUCAGACGUCAGAGCAGACAUUUCUGAGCAAGUCCGAAAUGUUGGUAGGUGCAAUCUGGUUACGAGGGGAUUUUUUUGGACCCCAUUUGGUCCCCAACUUUGAAAAGAAUGUUAAGUAUUUUUGUGUUUAUUGACAGGGAGAACAGUCAUGGGUCGUCCGAGGAAGUUCUAUUCUGGUGAGGAGGGGAACGCCAGUGAGCGUUCUGGCCUUCUGUCUCCAGGCUCCCAAGAUGUUAUCACAGAGGCGGCAUCCAACCCUGUGUCACCUAAUGGUCAGUACCAGGGCCUGGGCAGGACCAUGACGCCGCACUCUUUGUCGGCUCCCGCUGGGCUCAGCUCAGCGCCUUGGGAUGAAGGAUACGAGGUUCGGCCUGAAGACACCCCAGAGGAAGAGGGAUCUGACCAAACCAAAGAACCACCUGAAGGAGAUCUUAUUGUGAUCACCUAACUGAACAUUCAGGCUUAACACAGACUCUACCAGACAUGGUUGGGCAGGACCCAAACACAGACUUGCCAUUUUUCAGUGAGACAUUCCUGCACUGAUUCACUCUGAUUCAAAAUGGCACGUGAUCCGAUUAAUAGUUGAAAUUUUCCGACAAACGCUAAAUCAGGAGGACCUCUCUGCCAGUGACAGCUGUAAGAAUGUUAAAGUGAAGUUAUGGCACUAACUGGUCGUGGGCUGGAGUGCUAUGUGGCUCAGUAUGCUCUGCCAGAAUGGUUUUAAGUUCAUUUUAAAUGGGGAAGACAUUAGAAAUUAUUUUUCUCAUUUUAUUCAUAUCACGAUGUCAGCUGGGACGGAUGAUAAAAGAAAUAUGCAACCUUUAAACUAGUUAUCUUUAUCUUGGUUUAUAGUUUUUUUUAGAGGACAUUAUUGAAAAAAUAAAUAGUAUGUAAAUCUACAAUUUUAAAGCACACUAAAUGUCCACAUCUUAAUGUCUUUUUUUUCUGAAGAGGGUAAAAAAAUGCAUAUCCAGGAGGACGGGAACUAGAAGAGCCGGAGCAACAAAUUCCUGAAUUGCACAAUUAGAAUGAAAACAAGCAGGUUGGAGUGUUGCACAAGAAGUGUUGAACGGUAUAUCACCACGGAAGAAGUACUGAUCACGUUUUUCCUUUUGUCUGGUAUAAGCAGAGUAUCAAACAGUGUUCAUAAUUCAUUAUUAAAGGAUACAAUCAGCACACUGUAAUGAAUAUCUAGCAAUGCUUCUCUGCAUUAAGGCUCACUCUCUCGUGUUUUGUUGAAAUUUAUUAACUAGUCUUCUCAGAUGCCUUUUUACAUGUGCAGUAGAAAUUUUCUAUCCACUGCAAUAGCAUUAAUAUUUCAGGGUCAAUUACUUUUUAUUUGCAUUAUUCUCCAUUCUUUUUAGCUGUUGGGCCAAACUUUGCACCCGAGCCGUUUUCUUUUUCCAUGAGAUCUUUUCUGACCUCUUCAGUUUGUGCAGGGAAACUUUGUGGAUAUCAGUUUGUAAACAUAUUGAAUCCGCAGCAUGAUCUGCGUCACGCCCAGCUAGAAGAUGGUGCAUUGCCUUACAUGAUUUUAUUUUUCUAAGUAGAACUGACAGUAUCACAUCUGAAAACUGUAAAUGUUACACACUUUAUUUUAAUCCAUCCCUGACAGUCUGCUCAAUAAAUCAGAUUAACUCCUCACUGA